CUCAAACUUGCAAUCCUGCUUCAGCCUCCCAAAUGGAUUACAGGCGACUGUCACCACGGCCAGCCCAAUGGUGUUCAUUACACAUAUUUGAGCCUAUCUGAUUUCCCAAUUUAGGAUAAUUGACCUGAUUCUAACUAUCUUAGAGGGUGUGGAAAGAAGUCUAGAUUCAAAACUCUUAAUUUCCAGAAGAUAAAUAGAUGUCUCCUAGACUUUUUAAAUGUAAUUUCUGUGCUACUUGUUAAUCUAUGAAACAAAUUUGAUUAAGACACACAUGGAGUUCACUUUAAUGUCAUUAUGUACUGCAGGCUCUCCAAAAGCUAUUCAGAUUUCAGGAAUAGAAAUAUGAAACCUUGCUUUAGUGAAUUACACACUUAAAGGCUUUGCCUUACAGUUUAGCACUCAAUAUUACUAAUUUCUACCAUAAUUUCGCUUGUGUUAGUUCUAUUUCUUUGGGUAGUAAGACACCCAAGUUUUGACUAUUUUACAUUUCUUCAGUAACCUGUAAAGCACACAGUCAUUAGCUAGGUUUCCAAGUAAUUGGUCAUGUUCUAAACCUUUAAAUUAUAGCUUAAAUGUAAUGUGAAUUCAGUUUCCACUUUUCAUUGUAUUGGUUAAUUGUUUCCCAGUUUAUAUUCUUUGUGCCUGAAUUUAGGACAGGGAACAGGAGUUAUGGGCUGUGUUUAAAAUAAAUUCAUAGGAAGUCAUUUCAAGCCUCUUAGAAGUAUGCUAUUUUAAAGCUUGUUAAUUUUAAAAGAAUGUGAGCCAGUUGCACACCUGUAAUCCCAGAUACUUGGUAGACAAGAGGAUCACAAGUUCAAAGCCAGUCUGGGCAACGUAGUGAGACUCUCAAAACAAAAAUACAAAAGGGCUAUGAGUGAGCUCAGUGGUAGAGUGUCCCUUGGUUCAAUCCCUAGUACUGGGAAAAAGAGAGAAUAUGAAUGGUUCUCUUUAGGUAAACCUUUUUUUUAACUUCUUGUCUUUAAAUGGUUUGGGUUGUAUAUGGACACAAUACCUUUAUGUUAUUCAUUUAUUUAUUUUUAUGUGGUGCCAAGGAUUGAACCUAGUGCCUCACACAUGUUAGGCAAGCGCUGUACCACUGAGCUAUACAACCCCAGACCUAGGCUCGAUCUUAAAAGAAAUGAUCAAUUUAACAUCUUAGUUUGUAGCAUAACCAUAUCAACUAGUCUGAUAGACAUUACAAAAUAAGUCACAUUUAUUUCUUAAGGCUUGGAAACUUUUAAAUUAUACCCUUUACUUCAGUGAAGUAGGAAAAACAGGACUCCUUCAGUAUCUAAUUUCCAGAGUCUCAAAACCUAAGUAACUGCUUGCUUGGUAUCCCAUUGUUAUCGGUUUGUCUCACAAAAGCUUAAAUUUACAUGCAUUUGAGAAUGCUAUUUUUGAUUAACUUUUAUAAAAGCACAUUAUGGUGUAGACUGGCUAGCUCUAAACCCUGAACAGGAGCAAAAAAAAAUUAUAUCUAUUUUAAAUAAGUAGUCAAAGGUGUGCAGCUACAGAUAAACUUUAUCUUUACGUAUUUGCAGUGAAUCAGUAAAUCUCAACAGGUAGGUGGGCAAUGGGAUAAGAAUUGUGCCAGAUCAGUGCUGUUUGGCAAAGGCAGGCUAUGUGGUACCUCGGUUGAGUCUCCAGUAGAAAAGUUUCUCCUCCUGCAAAGACCACAGGGUCAUAACCCUGGUGCCAGGGUCUAGGGAGAUAUGUUGCUUGAAAAGCAGGUGUGGUACUAGAGAAAGGCAGCCUCUCAGGAGCUGCUUUGCAAUUCAAGAAAUGGCCAUGAAUAUCCCACAGCUGUUCUGAUCACAUGUUCUCUUUGUGGUUGUUCUUUUCCUAGUUUUAGUGCCCAUUUGGACUUUUCACAGUCAGAGAUGGCAGCAGAGGCAUCAACAUCAAAAGCUUCUGAGUCUUGGUAUUCUCAUCCAGUAUAUGCAAGAUACUGGCAGCAUUAUCAUCAAGCAAUGUCUUGGAUGCGAAGCCACCAGAAUGCCUAUAGGAAGGCUGUGGGAUCCUAUUUCAGUUUUCCAUGGUACUUCCCUCCUGCAGUUCUUCCCCAAAGUUCUUAUGACAACGAGGUGGGAUAUCCGAAGUCCUUCUAUGACCACCAUGUGACCUGGCAGGACUCCUACCACAGUUAUACACCCAAUAGAAGGUCUGGGCAGCCUCCAAAUGGCAGUAUCAUCCAGACACCUAUCAGAGAAGACCAAGCAUUAUUUGAAGAGGUAGAGAUGGAGUCAGAGUCAGACAAUGAGGUAGAAUGUGACCUGAGCAAUAUGGAAAUCACCGAGGAGCUCCGCCAGUACUUUGCACAGACAGAGAGACACAGAGAAGAACGACGACGGCAGCAGCAGCUGGACGCAGAGCGCCUGGAUGACUAUGUGAAUGCCGACCAUGGCCUGUACUGCAACACCCGGCGCUCAGUGGAGCCCCCAAGCGAGAGGCCUGGAGAGCGGCGCCAGGCUGAGAUGAAGCGUUUAUAUGGAGAGAAUGCCGCCAAGAUCCAGGCCAUGGAGGCCGCUGUGCAGCUGAGCUUCGACAAGCACUGCGACAGAAAGCAGCCCAAGUACUGGCCUGUCAUUCCCCUCAAGUUCUGAGUCCUGGGCACAGGGCCCCCAGGGAACGCUCCCUAAACAUGAUCCCCAGCCUCACUCUCUCCCUCUUGGACACACUCCCAUCAUUUCUCUCUGUACAAUUCUCAGGGAAAAGAGGCCUCUAUACUGAGAUACAAGGAUGGUCACCAAAGUCCCGGUGGGCCAUCACAAGGUGGAUGUAAUGUCAGCCACUUGAAAGUAAGCAGGAUGUAUAUUAUUGCCAACGUGAUCAUUUAAAAUGAUCAUUUUGUGGCAGGUACAGUGGUACACACCUCUAAUCCCAGCAGCUCAGGAGCCUGAGACAGGAGGAUCAAGAGUACAAAUCCAGCCUCAGCAACUUAGCAAGCCCUGAGCAACUCAGCAAGACCCUGUGUCUAAAUUUAAAAAUAUGAAAAAGAGCUGGGGAUGUCACUCAGUGGUUAAGUGCCUCUGGGUUCAAUUCCUGGUACAAAAAAAAAAUCAUUUUGUAUACAUUCCACUCAUUUUUAAUGUUGUCAAUAAUAGUUUUCAGUGCAUUAAAAAUACUUGCCUAGAGA